CGGGGUAUGUCCAAACUUGGUACAGAGGUGUAGCGAGAGGCAUACCUGUUGAGCAGGUGAACUUCAAGCUCAGUCCGUGUCAAGUUGUGCUUGCGUCAACCACAUAGCAAGCAUAGCAAGAUAAACAGAUAUCGAGGAAGGAAGGUGAAAGAGAGAAGACGAGAAAAAGAAUGUCUGGGACAGAUCAGAACAGCGCUCCUGACCCACAGCUGCUGUUUGUGGGGCGACCCUCCCGUCUGCUAGAGGUGUAUGUGAAACGCAGCCUGAGCCUCAAUGACAGCCCACUCAAUGACGGGAGACCCGCCAGGGAGCACCGCAAGUGGAUCAGCCUGGCGGAGAGGAACAAGAGGGAUCGCAGGCACUCCAGUGACACGUCUCUGCACCUGCCAGUGGACAUGGCAUACAGUUACAACCCUGUAAGCGAAAAAAACAGCGAUCCAAAGAAGAGCACGCUGAGGAAGAAGUGGAUGAGCUUCAGGGACAAGAGCAAGAGGCCCAGCAAACUCUCCAAACCUUCUUUGGUGGUCAAGCCAGCUCCUUCUGAUGACAGACCAACAGAGUACCAUGACACCAUGCCCUCAGACCUAGAGUCCUCCACGGAGAAGCCGAAGAAGAAAAAACGUGAGAGCAAGAAGGGCAAGCCAGCUCCUUCUGAUGACAGACCAACAGAGUACCAUGACACCAUGCCCUCAGACCUAGAGUCCUCCACGGAGAAGCCGAAGAAGAAAAAACGUGAGAGCAAGAAGGGCAAGCCAGCUCCUUCUGAUGACAGACCAGCAGAGGACCACGACACCAUGGCCUCAGGCCUAGAGUCCUCCACGGAGAAGCAGAAGAAGAAAAAACAGAGGAGAAAGAAGGGCAAGAAGUCCUCCAUCUGGAGGAGCAUAGUUGGCUUCUUCUCACGGGGUGACAGCGACACGGACGAACGUGACCUCAGCCCUGUGAGAACGGUGUGCCCCCCCCAGCCCCCAGAGGCCACGUGCCUCUCCAUCUCCAAACCCUUCUCCGAGGGAGAGGAAGUCACGCGCCGCAGGAAGUCCUCCAGGAGACGGCGUUCCCUAAUAAGGAGACUCUCUCAGAAGAAGGACAGGCGCCUGUCCAUAGUGGAAGCCAUCGAGAGAGUGGAGCCCACAGACUCAUACUACGAGAACGUGUCUGAUGAGCUGAAGAGGAUUGUGACUGAGGUGAUGGAUAGUCCUUCUGAUGAGCAGGUGGUGGUUCCUCCAGACGUACCACCCACUGACACACUGGACAGUCAAAGCUUGUCAACAGAUGAGUUGACAGAGAGGCUUAUAGCUCUAAUCAAACAGGAAGGGGAUUUCAUGGAUGCAAAGAUGAAGGAGAGUCCCAGCCUCAGUAACUUCUUCCAGGGGCUCACAUACGGCUCCUUCCAGCAGCUGGCUGACCAGUAUGUGCUGUCCGAGAUACCCGCAGAGCCCGCCCAGGACCCGGUGGUGGCGCCGGAGCUAGUCAGGCUGGCCUUCACCCUGGACUUCACUGCCCGGCUGGCCGGCCUGUCCCGCCAGAGCCCGAGCCACAUCAUGGGCCACGGGAAAUGCUACCUGCAGGAGCGCUUCACCUACGAGGCCCAGCCCGAGGUCGAGCCCACGAGUCCGCUGAUGAUGAGAACGGCCUGGAAGGGGUCGAUGGAAAUUGGGAUAAACUAUGGGAAUUCCCUCCUGGUAGAGAGCGGAGAACCUGAGGAACAUGGUCUGGGGAAGGCUGAAGAACCUAAACCUUCACUAAGAACAAGGAUGCCUGAUGAAGCUCAGCAAAUCCAGCACUUUAACAGCUAUGAGUUAUGACCUAAUGUUCGACAACCAUCAAAUAUCAAUUUGGUGAAAAUACUGUUUGAAAAUCCAAGAUUUUAGAUGCAGUAUGCAUUACUCCCUAAUUUAUAUACUUUUAAAAUGUGAAUAAUUGUGUAUAUGUAUGCUGGCAUACAUAUCCUGUAAGUCAAUAAAUAUAUAUUUUUUCUACUUCA